AUGCACUUCAUCAGAAACUCUGCCCUAGCUGGGCUUGCUGUCAUUCCCUUUGCCUUCGCCCAGACCUACACCACCUGCAACCCCCUGGACAAGACAUGCCCUAACGAUACUGGACUUGACUCGGCUAGCUUUGCUUGCGACUUCACCAAGGGCAAGUCGGCUCUUGCUAGUUGGAGUGCUGCCACCGGAACUGCGCUUACCUACGAUGGGACCAAGGGUGCUCAAUUCGUCAUCAGCGGCAAGAACCAGGCACCUACCAUCUCAUCUGACUUCUACAUCUUCUUCGGACGUGUUGACGUUACCAUGCAAGCAGCUCCUGGUGUUGGAAUCGUGAGCAGUAUGGUCCUCGAGUCCGACGAUCUGGAUGAGAUUGACUGGGAAUGGCUCGGCGGCGACGGCACCCAGGCACAAACCAAUUACUUUGGCAAGGGCAACACCACCUCAUAUGAUCGUGGUACCUACCAGAGUGUUUCAUCACCUCAGACAAUCAUGCACACCUACAGCUUCGAUUGGACCGAGGAGAAGAUUGACUGGCUCAUCGACGGUGUUAUCGUCCGCACCCUCAUGUACGCCGACGCCGUAGGUGGCAAGAACUUCCCUCAGACCCCUAUGCGCCUCAAGUUGGGCAACUGGGUCGCUGGCGACCCAGCCACCAACGCUCCUGGCACGAUCGAGUGGGCUGGCGGUGAUACAGACUUCUCUCAAGCUCCUUUCACUAUGUACGUCAAGACUGUCAGCAUCACCAACUACAACCCGGCCAAGGAGUACGAGUAUACCGACAAAACUGGCAGCUAUGAGAGCAUCAAGCUGGUUGACGGCUCUUCUGGAUCAUCCUCGUCCUCAGCCUCUGGCAGCAGCAGCUCGUCCUCCAAAACCGCAACUCAACUCAAGUCCACUGCCGUCAUCUCAAACAGCAUGAACACUUCGGUCAUCAGCAGUGUCAGCGCCAGCGCCACCUCGGCUGCUGCAUCUGCAUCUGCAUCUGCAUCCAAGAGCUCAUCCCAUAGCUCUUCUGCUUCUGCUUCUGCUACCUCGAGCCAGCCCGCACAGCAGAGCACCAACGCUGGUGUUUCCAACACUGUUGCUACUGGCCUUUUCUCGGUUGUUGGAGCCGCAGCGGCCUUCUUCAUCCUCUAA